AACCAUACACUUGAGAAGUUCCUCGCCGGGGUUUGCCGUACGCCGGUGAUCUCUCCGACGAUACUGCGACGAUGGCGGUAGCGCUGCUCUCCGGUGUCCUCACCGAGAUCCUGAUCCCGGUGGCGGCCGUGAUCGGUAUCGCAUUUGCUUUAUUCCAGUGGGUGCUCGUCUCGAAGGUUAAGCUCUCGCCGGAGCCCCGGAAUCCAGGUCCGGGUUCCGGCGGGGACAAGAACGGGUUUUCUGAUUACCUCAUCGAGGAGGAAGAAGGCCUCAACGAGCAUAGCGUCGUCACUAAGUGCGCUGAAAUCCAGAACGCCAUCUCCGAAGGAGCUACAUCCUUCCUUUUCACUGAAUAUCAAUAUGUUGGAAUUUUCAUGGUUGCUUUUGCAAUCCUCAUUUUCCUCUUUCUUGGCUCUGUGGAGGGCUUCAGCACGAAGAGCCAGCCUUGCACCUAUAGCAGGACAAAGACUUGCAAGCCUGCACUUGCUAAUGCUGUCUUUAGCACUGUUUCCUUCUUGCUUGGGGCGGUAACCUCUGUGGUUUCCGGCUUCCUUGGGAUGAAAAUAGCAACAUAUGCAAAUGCAAGAACAACUCUUGAAGCAAGGAAGGGUGUUGGGAAGGCUUUCAUUGCUGCUUUCCGUUCUGGAGCUGUUAUGGGGUUUCUUUUAGCCGCUAAUGGACUAUUAGUACUUUACAUUUCUAUCAACCUCUUCAAGUUGUAUUACGGGGACGAUUGGGAAGGUCUUUUUGAGGCUAUUACUGGCUAUGGUCUUGGUGGAUCUUCCAUGGCUCUCUUCGGAAGAGUCGGUGGCGGCAUUUAUACUAAAGCUGCAGAUGUUGGAGCUGAUCUUGUCGGUAAGGUGGAAAGGAAUAUCCCAGAGGAUGACCCCAGAAACCCAGCUGUUAUUGCUGACAAUGUUGGUGACAAUGUUGGAGACAUUGCUGGGAUGGGGUCAGAUCUUUUCGGUUCAUAUGCGGAGUCAUCCUGUGCUGCUCUUGUUGUUGCCUCAAUUUCGUCUUUUGGAAUCAACCAUGACCUGACAGCUAUGCUUUACCCUCUGCUCAUCAGCUCUAUGGGCAUUAUAGUUUGUUUGAUCACUACUCUUUUUGCCACCGACUUCUUUGAAAUAAAGCAAGUGAAGGAGAUUGAGCCUGCGUUGAAGAAGCAACUUAUAAUCUCCACUGCUAUCAUGACUGUUGGUAUAGCAAUUGUUAGUUGGCUAGCACUGCCGCCAUCUUUCACAAUCUUCAACUUUGGAGUCCAAAAAGAAGUCAAAAACUGGGAGCUGUUCUUUUGUGUUGCAAUUGGUUUAUGGGCAGGCCUUGUUAUUGGAUUUGUCACUGAGUACUACACAAGCAAUGCAUACAGCCCUGUGCAAGAUGUUGCUGAUUCCUGCAGAACAGGAGCUGCAACAAAUGUUAUUUUCGGGCUUGCUUUAGGUUACAAGUCUGUCAUUAUUCCAAUUUUCGCCAUAGCUAUCAGCAUCUUUGUUAGUUUUAGCCUUGCUGCAAUGUAUGGUAUUGCUGUUGCCGCUCUUGGAAUGCUGAGCACUAUUGCUACUGGGCUUGCCAUUGAUGCAUAUGGCCCCAUUAGUGACAAUGCUGGAGGUAUUGCUGAGAUGGCUGGGAUGAGCCACAGAAUACGUGAACGAACUGAUGCUCUUGAUGCUGCCGGAAACACCACUGCUGCCAUCGGAAAGGGUUUUGCCAUCGGUUCAGCUGCAUUGGUAUCACUAGCACUGUUUGGAGCCUUUGUGAGCAGGGCAGCAAUCUCAGCAGUGGAUGUUCUAACUCCGAAGGUCUUCAUUGGAUUGAUUGUCGGUGCAAUGCUUCCCUACUGGUUCUCCGCCAUGACCAUGAAGAGUGUCGGAAGCGCAGCAUUGAAGAUGGUGGAGGAGGUCCGCAGACAAUUCAACACCAUUCCCGGUCUCAUGGAAGGCACUGCCAAACCCGACUACGCAACCUGCGUCAAGAUCUCAACAGAUGCCUCCAUCAGGGAGAUGAUCCCUCCAGGUGCUCUCGUCAUGCUUACACCUCUCAUUGUUGGUAUCUUCUUCGGAGUUGAAACUCUCUCCGGUGUCCUUGCGGGCUCCCUCGUUUCCGGCGUUCAGAUUGCUAUCUCUGCUUCAAACACUGGUGGUGCAUGGGACAACGCAAAGAAGUACAUCGAGGCGGGAGCUUCCGAGCACGCGAGGACACUCGGACCGAAAGGAUCAGACCCACACAAAGCAGCAGUGAUCGGGGACACCAUCGGAGACCCUCUUAAGGAUACAUCAGGGCCGUCGCUCAACAUUCUCAUCAAACUGAUGGCUGUAGAAUCAUUAGUGUUCGCUCCGUUCUUCGCCGCUCAUGGAGGUCUCCUUUUCAAGAUCUUCUAAAGAUCAAGACGAUGACAUCGAAAACACUGGGCUGACCGGAAUCCUGUCAUACUUGCAUUUGUCCUUUUUCUGCAUCUCAUUACUUCCAUCUUUUCUUUUCAUUUUCUGCAUUGUUUUUGUUAGUUUGAAGUUGCAGUGAUAUUUUAGCUGAGCAGGUACAACAUUGGAACACAAACUAAUUUUUCUUGUGCCAGAUUAGUUCAGGAUGAUGAUGAUGAUGAUGAUGAUGAUCAUCGUUCAAGGUUCGAAGAAUAUAUUAUAUAUAUAUAUAUAUAUGAGCUUCAAUCAUGUAUGCACGUUUCAUAGAAUCGAAAUCUACGGACAUUACUAUUAA